AUGCAGUCGCUCAUCUCGCCGGUGACCAAGGCGAUCCUGGUGGCUCUGUUCAUCUUCGCCAUCCUGCUCAUCCUCUACGUGAUCCUCUGGGCGCCCCGCCCCGAGGGCCGCCGCCGCGCCGGGCAUGGGGGCCGCGCGCCCCCCGCCCCGGGCCCCGCCGCGCGCCCGCCGCCGCCUGCAGCUCCGCCACCACCGCCACCGCCACCUCCAGCGCCGCCGCCGGGCCGUGACCUUCAGGAUCGGAGCGCGGAGAGCCGGGCCCCUGAAGGGACGGAGAGCUCCGGUGGCUGUGGAGCCUUUGUUCACCUGUUCUCCAGGUACAAGUCAAGAGGUUAUGAGAACAUCUCCAUCGUGGGCCACCGGCAGGCCAGGACUCCAAUGUCGAGGGGUGGAUCCCUGGAGGUCACUGCUCAGCCCUUUUCUGGAGACUGCCAACCAGCAUGCCAUCCCAGCUGCAUUGUGGGGGUGAAGGGUGGGGUGACCACCAGUGAGGGUGAAGGCCACCCCCCUGUCACUCAUCUUGCCAAGCCAUUACCAGGCGGUCAGGACUCAUGGGCAGUGUCUCCUCCGGGGCCAUGCUGGCAUCUGUAACCUCCAUACACCCCAGUGGUCCCAUCCAGCCAUCCCUGCCCGCCCGCCUGGCCCACUCUGUUGUGAAGUUCUCAUCAGCCUUCCCCUUGUGCAUAGUCGUAACUCACAGGGGCUCCAACGCCGGUAGGGCAGCCCAUCGGAAGUGUCUCUUCUUAUUCCCGGCUAGAGACGUCCAGAGGACAAUCAGCUUCAGAUUAUACCAUCCGUAAGGUAGGUGCAACUGGGGCCGGACACACUUCAUCUCAGAAGCAAUCCAUGCUGUAAAAAAAUAUAUAUAUAUAUAAAAAUAAAAAAAAAUUCACGAACCGCCCCCAGUGCUUUCUGGCCUCCUCCUGUGUGCAGAGCAAAUGCUCAAAGGAAGAGACACAAGGAACUCCCCAUCCCCCUGGUUGCCAAGAUAUCCCAGAUAUCUUUGUCAGUCUGUUGCAAGGAGAAGGAACCACGCUCUGGAAGAAACGAAUGACCCCGUAAGACACAGACUGGAGAUUUUGCACAUGGACGAAGAAGAGAGUUGUGGAAAAUUCUAGAAACACGCCUAGCGUUAGUUACAUUUGGACUCUCUACAAUGCAUCAGGCACUUUCUAAAUGGCAUCAUGUGGCAGAAGUUGCAUUGCCCUCCGUCUGGCAGCCACGGAGGACUUUGAGGUCGUUUUCCUCUGCUUGGUUGAAAACCCGAGGGAGACCAGAUGACAAUUCAGGUGGGCCCUGCCACGCGGGGCGUGUACGCGUCUCCAUGAAUGUACUCGGCGGUGUGCAACCCGGCAACGCCCACCCACCCCCCAUCCUGUCCGUAUGCACCCUGGUGAGCAUUUUAUACACUCUCCUCUAACGCUACCAUCGUUCUGUCUCGCAGGUGUGAUGUAUGGCGCCUCCGUGUCGUCCUGUCAUAGCUUCCGCCUCCCCACGCGGAGGGAGGCCACAAAGACAAAGCUGAGACAUUAUGGCUAUUCCAGAAAAUAAAAUAUUUUUGA